UGAUGUGUGAAUCAAAUUGUAUAUGAUAUUUCCUACAAGCACACCUUAGUUCCGAUAGUACUUAAUACGCAUCGUACGUCUUGCUUAUGGUUUAGAAUCUCCAAGAAGUUGGGAAUCUUUCUCUACAUCUUUCUCAACUUGGGGAAGAAAAACACAACGGAAAUGGCUACAAUGGCAAGAAAAUUGAUUCUCUGUUGCUUCUUUCUGUCUGCGUCAUUUGGAGCUUCUCGUGCUAUUGUGGAAAGGGAAUGUCAAGGAGGAACCCUUUCUCUGGAGUGUCCCAACGGAUUCCUCAUCAGUAUCAACUAUGCAAAUUAUGGUCGUACUGCCGGCAAGGAUAUCUGCCCACAUAGAUAUAUCCGGACAACAAGAUGUUUCGCCCGCAAAUCACUCAAAAUCGUCAAAGAAAACUGUGACGGAAGACCAUCAUGCAGUGUCGCAGCUAACAAUGACGUAUUUGGCGAACCCUGUUUUGGUACCUUCAAGUACCUCGAGGUAGACUACUCCUGCCACCGCAAUCCCGGCUGUAACAGAGAACAAGGGUGUGAGGGACAGGACAUCAAUCUGCAGUGCCCUGAAGAAACCCCGGCUAUUCACAUCUGCAAUGCAAUGUUUGGCCGACAACUUCCCGGAUCAGAUUUGUGCCCCCAUCCUAACAUCCGAACCACCAACUGCGCCUCUCCCAUCUCGUUGAAUAGAGUUCGAUCUCGUUGUGAGGGCCGAUCUUCCUGUUCCGUCGCUGCUUCUAGAAAUGUAUUUGGUGAACCUUGCUACGGAACUUACAAGUACCUGGAAAUUGAUUACGUUUGUGCACGACGUGGUCGGAUGUGUGAAGGAGGUACCCUGACCCUCAGCUGUUCAUCUGGGCAGAUUAUCUUAGUCAUGGAUGUGUUCUACGGACGCAAGGCAGGUCAAGAAGUCUGCCCCAAUUUCCACGUGUUCAAUCAGAACUGUCAGGCGGAGAACAGUGUCGGCAAAGUCGAAGCCGCAUGCAAUGGCAAAUCAUCAUGCUCCGUGGAUGCAAGCAACAGUGUCUUCGGGGAUCCGUGCAAGGGAACUCAAAAGUACCUCGACGUUCUUUACGAAUGUAAGCAAUAUUGUCUUUCCUCUUAGAAAAUGAAAGUUAAA